ACCGAAAAGUUAGUACGGUUAUUCAUAAUGAAGGAGGUUAAGCCCUCUCCCGAUAGCAAAAAAUUUCUUGCAUUUGAUAACUCGUUGCCGCCACUACGACAUUCUCGCUAAAACUCCUAUUAGAAUGACAACGGCUAUCACGUUUUCCCGCCGUUCACGCGUUUUCAAUACUCGGCAUUGAGAAAAUCUCGUACUUGUAGUCAUCCUCGUCUCAGAAUCUAAAGCUCUCUAUUGCUGUCCGUGUGACUGUUCUGUAUUUUUAUCGCACAGCUCCCAAGACUCGCGUUAUGUUAUCCACUCAGCCUGACUACAUCAACGCUAAUUGGGUCAGGGUAAGCCGCAUGUCAUUUCAUGAGUAAUCAGACUAGUGUUCAAUUGACAACUCUUCCAUGUCUUCUCCAUUCUGAGGCCGGUUUGCUUUUUAAAGCUGCCAAUGAGGAGUAACGUCGGAUCAAUUUAGGUUACUAGGAAACUGCCCAACUACCCCUCCCCUGAGCCAACAUUUUGCCUUAAGUGAGAAGUAAGUGAUAAUGUUGGCUUAGGGGAGGGGUAGGUGGGCAGUUUCCCAGAAACCUAAGUGAAUCCAUCACGCCUUAAUUCAUGAGAAGAACUUAAACUAUUACUUUCGUUAUAUAUUUAUUCUUCCCUUGAUUUUGAACAUCAGGAUCAUGGAGGGAAUAUAAGCCCGUAUUAACUGCACCCUCCUCGCCUAGUCCCUUCCGAGGCCUUCCUGGUCAAUGCUCCGAGACCAACGGCUCAAAAACUUGCUCAGACCACGUUACACGAAUCGCACAGGCCGCGUAGAAUAAUGAGGCCUAGGCACUGGGCAAGCAGCCUCCUAUCAGAAAGAAUGGCCCACAAUGAACCGCCUCCGCCCCCCACUUAUGAAAACGAAGAGUGACCUAGGUUGCUUUUAAUAAGCUUCUCUUGUUGUCGAUUUAACUAUUACUUAUCAUGGUUUGUCCUCUAGGAUCACAAAGGGAAAAGAUGCUACAUUGCUACUCAGCACCCUUUACACGAGACUGUAAACGAUUUUUGGCAAAUGGUCUGGGACCAAAAAGCUAACAUUGUUGUUAUGGUCAACGAUAAACAGCAGGAAAAGCCGGUAAGCUGCAGCGUCUGAGCUGUGAAAGUUUGACGUUUGUCCAGAGCGAUCAACAUGUCGAAUACCACUGUUCUUUCAAUAACUGCUUGUGAUUCUCUACAAAUCUACUCGAGUCAAUUAAACCCCCCAUCAAGGGAAGAAUAAUUGGACAUUCUCUUGACCCCUUACAUUUUUAAACUGAAUUUUAUCUUUAAAGGCUGAAUUUGUGGACUAUUUGCCGAAAGGAGAAGGGAGCUCGAAAGCUUUUGGCUCCAUCAAUGUGACGGUCAAACAGACGACAGAAAAGGCAGACUAUCGCUUGACUGUUUUAAGCAUCGCGGAUAGUAAGGUAAGAUUCUUCAAUUCCUAGCCCUGCCUGUUUCAUAACAGUUUUUUUGAGGAAAAAUAAUAAUUAAGGUGACGUAUUUGUAAAUUUCGGCUACAUUCACAAAGACGCUUCUAAAUUUUAUAGUUUCCAAUCCUAGUGGUCGUGCCAGGUUUGGUAUUCCUUCAAUACAUGUAAGUUUGUGAUAGUGAUGAUGAUAAUGCUGAAGCAGAAGUCGAUGAAUUAGAUGAUGAUGUCGUUAAUGGCAGUAACGAUGUCGAUGGUGACAGGAACGAAUUUUUUAACGAAAGUAAACAAAUGUGAAUGAAUGUGUUCAUAGUUUAGUAGCAAUGAUACGACUACAGUGAAGAGGUCGAUGAUGACGAUGUCGAUGACUAUAUGGCGAAAACGAUUCCAGUGUUUAUUAUGAUGACUGGACGAAGGGAGGAACCCGUCGCAUAAACUUAUAGACUUUGCAUACAAUAUAAAGGCUAAAAAAGGGUAAAGACGGCUCAAACGGCCGGAGCUUAUCACGGUUUCCUAAACAUGAAGCAUGCUUAGGAGUAUUGCUACUCCAUCUGGACGGGAUGCUAGUUCAUCGCAGGGUUACCCCCCAGCAGUAUGUCACCGGUACCCAUUAAAACACCUGGGUGAAGAGAGAAAAACUGAAGUAAAGUUCCUUGUCAGAGGAAACAACCCAACGGGCGAGGCUUGAACCCCGGACCUCCAGAUCCGGAGGUCGAGGUGUUAACCGCUCGUCCACACCCGCCUCCACACAUACAAAUUAGUUAACUAUAUAUUUUGGUUCCGGUCCUAAAAGAACGUUUUGGUUGUCCAAGCUUGCAAGUUGAAAUUUCACAGCGUUACAUCAUCGUAGAAAGCCACAACGAAUUUUACAGAUGUUAAUUAAGACUUCUAUACCUUUAAACUCUCUUAGAACGUAGCAACUCCGCGUGAAGUCUCGCACUUUCGAUUCACCUCGUGGAAGGAGCGUGCCAUACCAAACGUGGCCUUGUUUGUUGGGUUUGUGACGGCCACGAGGGAAGCGAGGAAAAAGUAUGCAGACACUAACGUCCCCACCAUCGUACAUUGCAGGUAGGAGACUUGCUUCAAGAAAGGGACAGUCUGAAAUCGAAGAUACCGCUUUAGAAAAAUGCUUAAACUUUUUCUGUGCCGUAGCCAAUUAAACAUCCUCUCCGUGGAAAUGGUUAGAGAAAAUUAUUAUUUGUUUAACGUAUAACCGCCUUAGCCAUUCAGUGUAUUUCUUUUUAAAUGCGCACACAGAAAAAAUAACAUUUUUGGGUUCCUGGCGAAGGAGUUUCCUUUAUGCAUUUAGAAUAAUUUCUGAAAAUUCUCCUUUUGAAUAUAAAAGAAACAAAAGCCCGACGAUCAUUUUAUUUUAGGUCAACGCCCUUUCAAUUUUGCCUGAAAACAACCGCGCGUUUCUGUAUGGUGGAAUUGAAAUGUCAUAAAACUCGCUCUACAAAAGGUAAAACUGAUAAGUGCACGGCGAAAAAUUUUUACUUCAUUUUUCUUUCAGUGAUGGCCUAGGUUUUACCGGGGUGUAUAUUGCUGUCGAUAUUGGCGUUAAGAGUCACGAGGAGAGUAAGGCAUCAGUUGUUGAUGUCUUUGAGCUGUCAAAGAAUCUUAGGCGUGACAGACAUGGCAUUGUUUGUUCCUUGGAACAUUACAACUUUAUAUACCAGGUAAAAGAUCAUUUUUUGAUCCCGUUGAAUGGGUAUUAGACUGUUCACAGUCCUCUAUUUUUCCGUAAGGUCGUCGAGAUCGAGAGCUUUGCGUUACGGGCUGCCACCUUGCAUGAGUGUCAAAACUACUUAGGGGACGGGGGUGGUUUGGGAGGUUUUUCUCGUUCCCCUCCCCCUACAGCUGUAAUCCCCUACGCCCGUCCCCUCGGUACAUUACGGUAAGACGUGCUAUAUCUCGACGAUCUCACGAAAAGAAUAGGAGACUGUGAACAGUCAAAUGGCUAUUGGGGUAAAGUACAUGAAGAGAGAUAGAGACCAGUAAAUUAUUGUUCAUCAGCAGCUUUACAGCUGUUGUUGGAUGGUGUCAACUUUUUCACGCGGGAUGUAUUGACAUGAAGAUUUCAUGGAAAAGGGACUAGUCACAUAUAAUAAGUUGUUAUUCACUCACAUUCGUAAAUAUGUGAUUCAUAAGAUGUGAACGAGAACAUGGCGCUCUAUAUUUUUCCGAAUUUAUCAGCAUGUGGGGUGGAGAUGAAAACGGCACUGCCGUUUUUCAAAUAAUCGCGGUGGUCGUUUGAAUGUACAUAUAGGGAAUUAACCGUUAGCUAUUUGCUCCUUAUCUAAUGAUUCAUUAUUUGUUUACGGUAAUAUAGUUGGUGUUUUACUAUAAAUAGCUCUGAUUUUCCUAUUUUUUUACCCUACUAACAGGCUCUUUAUGAAUAUACAGUGAACUACGAUAAGUCAGAUAAGGUAAAUGUUUCCCCUACUGUUUGAAAACCUCGCCUUAGUUAACCUUUUUCCGGAUAUCACCCAAUUAUAAUGAAUGCACAAGUCAUCUUGUAACCCUUUAUUCCUACCUCUUGACCAGUGCUCAGGUCUGAAGACCCUUCCGAGAGGGGGCGGGAGCGGGGAGGGGGAAAUGAAGGGCAGUUCGGGCAGAUUUUGCCUCCAAGGCUUUCAAAAACCCUAUGCCUAUUUUAAGACAAUGUCCAUUUAUUUUGCUUCCCACUUUAGACAAGAGAUCAGAAUACAAGUCACAUGACUGAAGUGUUUUACUGUUGUAAUGUUUUUUUUUUUAAUGUUUUAAAUGUUUUAACAUUACUCAUAAUUGCACAGUUGAAUUUUUUUUUUUACAUUUGCCCUUGUUUGUCCAUGUUCUGCAACGUUUCGCUAGUCACCUUGAAAAUGCCCCCCAAAAUGUUAUAACUUAUUAGACAUAAUGAAUUUCGCUUUUAACCUUACCUUUCCUGUGCAGUAUAGACAGGUAAAUUGAUUCUAUCUUACAUACACGAUAGCUGAUCACUACGAGUAGCUUUCAUUUUACUGCUCAAUGAAAAUCUAUUUUGGAGUCUUUUAGGACUUUUAGAUUAGAGGACUGGGACGACUACGAGGACGAGUUUCAACUUCCACGUCUUCUUAAAAAAAUAUUCCGGUACAACCCGAAAAGAGCUUCAUUUUGCUUUUUUUUUUCUCACCAGAAAAGUUAACACGGUUAAUUUUAUUGAAGGAGGUUUACACCCUCUUCCGAUCGCAAAAUGCUGAAGAUUCUAAUCAUUGUAAACUUGUUUUUGCUACUGCGACAUUCUCACUAAAACCCAUAGUAGAAUAUAGGGGAGAAGUCGUCACAUCACGUUUCCUUGCUUGCCAUGGUUUCUGGAUCUCAACAAACCGUGGUCCUGCAGAUAUGACAGAAAAUAGCAAAAAGGUUGACAUGCAUAACUUUCCUGUGCAUGAUUAAACGCUAGAACAAAACGGUAGCCCAUACUUUUCCUCCAUCGUUCGACAAUGCAAAUGGCCGUCUCUGUCAAGAAAGAUUGUUGUGAUCCAGAAAAUUUGCUAUCAUGGUAACCUGACGUCAUACUUCUCCUCUCUAUAACGACGGCUAUCUCGUUUUCCCGCCAAAAUGACGCUGGUUCACGCGCGCGCACUACUUAGUAUUGAGGAAAUCUCGUCAUCAUAGUCGUCCUUGUCUUAGAAUCUAAGGUUCUCUAUUUGGACUUUCUCAGCUGUUAACAUUCGUCUUCUCUAUCGUUUGUUUCAGUGAUUCAAAGUGGCACCUUGAAGCGGACGUUGGGGCAAAAGAUUUUGUUUUUUAUCAACUAUUAUUCGUAGAUCAAACAGAGUUAAUAAGUAUAUUAUAGUUAGAGCGGUUUUCAUUUGAGUAUCGUAAAACCAAAACCAAAGUAAUUACUCUAGCCAAUCACAAAGGACACAGACAAUACACUCCCUAAAUUUAAGGACAGGGCCAACUGGUCACGCGACACUUUUCAACCAAUGAGAAGGCGCGCUUGUGUUUAUCAACAAACAAAUCAAAACAUCGCCCCAGUGCUCAAAAAUUAUCAAAACAACGGACUGAGUCGACGGACAAAAUUAAAGAUGAGCUUACAGUACUCGUCUAGGUUUCACAUUUAAUAUUUCAAAAAAAACAUUUCAUGUAUGAGAAUAAGAGCAAGAACAAGGACAAGAAUCAAAGAACCAGUCAUCAUAACAAGAAUAAAAAGUAGUUCAAAUUUAUUAAUUUUUCUUGUUUGUUUUCUGGUGUUGUAUCGUGUUGACUUCACGCAUCUGGUGCUUUCCUUGCUUGCUGUAGUGCCUGCAAUGUUUUAAUUUUAUCCCAGAUUUAGUGCAUGUUCAAUGAGUUGCGAAAUACAUCGUUUACACUUGAAAUUUGCCUUCUUUCUUUGAUUGUUUGUGAACGGUGGAUGAACAUUUGGAGAAUCCAGCGACAUUAAAUCUUUCCAGAUUUGGUGAAUUUCAGAAACAAAGCGGUUAGUAUCUACCUUGCGCUUAUCAUCUUCAAUUUCAUCCCCGCAAAUUCGGCAAAGUGAGGCGAGAUGUAGGACGUGAAUAUUCAUAAGACUAAUAAAGUUGUUUUGGCCUUGAAAAGAAAAAAGGCAAAGGCUCGUACUAAUGCAAAAAAAAGAAAUAACACGGCUCUGUGAGAAACCCGGGAGUGGAAAACGUACGUGUUUUGGACCUUGGAAUUCAAAACUGGUCUACCAAAAUUCUAGGUUGUCUACCAUACAUGAUAAAAGUUAAUCGAUAUGACAAUCGAGGAAAAAUAUCUAGAACUUCGUAAAAAAAAAUCUGUGAAUCGAAAAAUAACAGAUACUCCUUCACCUACCUCGAAAACCGACCAAAAUCUCGCCCAUACAUAGCGUUGUUUAAAGAAGAAAUAAGCCACAAAAUGUGCUGAAUAUUUCACGAGACACUUCUAAUAUGGCUUCCGAUACGUUGUCCUCUUAAAAAAAUUGUGUAUGCGUCAUGAAAAGUCUUAAAAAUAUGCCUGAGAGCCUCGAAACGAUGACUGAUUCUGACCAACUCCGUCCGCUGUUUUGAUCACUGCGGCGAUGUUUUGAUUUGUUUGUUGAUAAACACAAACGCGCCUUCUCAUUGGUUGAAAAGUGUCGCGUGACUAGUUGGCCCUGUCCUUAAAUUUAGGGAUAUUCCGGACUGUUAAAACUCGAAGUAAUUACAUGUAGCUGACGCAAAGCGCGGGAAAAUGCAUGCGAGCGUGACACAAUUGGUUUUGGUUUUCCUUCUGAUUGGAUAAAAAAGUGGCGCGAAUCUUUUAAGCCAAUCACGUAGCGUAGUAAACGCAAAACCAAUUACCUUUCGACACUCAAAUGAAAACCGCUCUAUAGAACUGACGCAGGGGUACCCAACCAGAAUAUAUAUAGUUCAAAGCCACAUAAACAUAGCAUUGUUAAACGUACUUUAGUAUUUAAACAAUAGAUAAAGGUUUGUUUUUAUCCCCUAAAAAUUUUUCAUCUGUUCGGAUUUCCUAGCUGAAAGUAUAGUGAUCCGAAAAUUGUAGGGAUCAAAAUUUACCUUUUCGAAAAUUUCAGCCAGAAAAAAGGCUCCCGAAAAUUCUAGGUGACCUUUUUAGGGUAAAAAUCCGUUAAAAAUGGGCAAUUAUACGAUUUUUUUGAAGUUCGAAAACCCUAGGAGAGGCAGGCAAGCAACAAAUUUUUCAGAAAAUGAUCCGAAAAUUCUAGACCUAAAAUCGUCUUCCGAACAGUUAAUUUUCCGAAAAUUGUCGUUGGGUGCCCCUGCUGACGGAUCUGGUGAAAACGCCCAAGUUAUUGAAGGUUUUUCGUUACAAAACCUUUGGCCAAAAUGUCAGUUUAAAGGAGCUACAUUAUGGUCUCUCCGUCUUGAAAACUUUGUCAUCUGAGAUUUUUCAAAUCUAUUUUGAUCUCUUCCAUCCUAUCGUAACCAUCCAAAAUCCUGUGUUUCUGUAUCCUUUUUUCGUGUUUUUCUAUUUUAUCAAGCUGAUAUAUAUAUAUAUAUGGCUGAAUCCGCAAAACUUGUGCUUUUGAUUGGCUGCCCGAACGGGCAAGCCAUAGGAAAAGGAACGUUCGAGACUUCGUGUAGUCAUCCUUAAUCUGCAUUAUGUGGCUCGCGUUUCACUUUAUCCCUUGAACGACUUUCUUUGCGACAAAAAUUACAAUGUUUUCAGGGCAUUUUAAGCAUAUUUUCUCGUCAAAAAAAGUGUAAAAUGAAUUAAACAUUAGCAACCAAGUGCAACCGUGUUGUCUUCUUUGUCGCGACGCGAGCAAACCUAAAUUACAUAACGCGGACAUGUUCCAACGCAUCCACGGUUCUCGUUUUGUUGAUUCUAAGAAUUUUUAAUUCACACAUCACAGGUUUGCUUUUUUAAUUGUCCGCGUGGAAGCUUUUCACACAUGCGAAUGUUUUAAGUUCAUUUACAAGACGAUGUACUUUUGUAACUAUGUGAAACUAAAAGUUUACGGUAAGUCGGCUUUACCCGACUUAGCUACCCUAAAUUACGUCCGUGUUAGUCCCUGAUUACGCAUGAAAUAUUUAGAAAGAUGAAAAGGUUCUAGACUACAAACACUUUUAACUGAUCUACUGUCACAGCACAAAGGCUUUGUUUCCGUGCGUAUCCAAGCAUUUUUUUUAUGAAUUAUGCAGGUAAUUGUGUUUAAUAAAGCUAAGUAAACCAAACUUAAAUGGUCAAGAAUGCGAGUACUUCACUUUCCUGUUGAGAGUAAUUCAGGAAAAGAACUCCCGUUUAAAACGUGGAAAGGUCUUUGGUAAAGCAAGUGUAUCAAAGGCGAGAACAGUAAGAAAAAGUUUUCAUUCCAUCUACUCUCGUUGUAAAUAGACCUUUGUAGAGGUAAAUUUAAUUGGAUUAUAAUCAAUUCAUUCUUUACUUAUUUAAUGGAACAAUUUUGGAAUUUAAAUUUUCUCUUCCCUUCGGUCUUCCAGCAAGGCUUUUUAAAAAGUUUAUCAUAACCUAAUUUAAUGACUGGCAACUUGUCCCACAGAUAUUCGUCGUUUUGCUGAGCAAUCAUGGCCCUUUUACGAACAGGACGACAGAGUUAUUCAGGAGACGUCUUGAAGGCUGCUUUUUCAGUAGCAGUCCUUGCGUCUUUGGUCGACGCCCAAAGUAAGGCUUUAGAAUGAAAUGGUAAAUUGUAAAAUUUGCACUGACUGAUUUGCCGCUACUUUCGUGUAGUUUUCCACCUCUCGUGUUUUUAAACGUCAAGAGAAAUUUCAGAACCAUUCUUGUUGAUUUCAAUUGUAAAUACAAAUUGCUUUUUUGCAAUCAAAAUAAAACAAAUAGAGUUAAGGCUAAAUUCGACAAAUUAAACAGCCGAUUCGCGAUCGCUUUAGCUUGGUGGUAUCACCUUGAUCAAACAGGAUCGGAAACGGCAGAAAGCUGGGUUCCUUGAUUUAAGAAGAUAUUUAACAUUCAUUACAGAGUUAUUCUCAAUCUUAACAAUUUUAUUAAGCUCCACAGAAAUAGUACAAAAACGUCUAAACAUGACAACAUUUCCAAAAAGUGAGGGAAAAAAGAGGGUAAAAUGUUUGUAUUAACUCACGAUUCACUCAUCCGUGCUAGAAAAACUUCCCACAUAUAAAACGAGUCAGCAAUAAGCCAUUUUACAUAGGAAAAUGGUAGCAAGACAUGUUACCAGUGACAUGAAAUGUAUUUCGGCAGUUGUUAUUGCCCAAAAUGUAUUCAUAGUAUAGUGGAAUAAUACGCCGGGAAAUUACAACUUUUUCUUUCCCGUAAUCAAUUAUUGUCGAUUUCCAGAUUCAAACUGAAAAAAGGAUGCAUAAUUGUAACGACAACGAUCUCUUUGAGGGAAAAAAAAUAUAAAGCCAGCGAAUUUUAUCGAGAAGCUUCGAACUGACUUCUUGCCUAUUUUUUCACCCAUAUGACGUAUGUUUGCAGUUGUAAUUGACGUAGGUUAUUUGUCGUCAAAAGAUAAGUGUACAAUUUAUCCUAUAAUAAUGACGACACCAAUGCGCGCGUCGGAUCGAAAUCCACCAACCAUGAGCGAGGUUCGUGGUUCACCAAUCACUAAAAACCAUAGUUUUACUCAGUAAAUCGAUACUAUCGCCUGAUGAAGACUUGUAGUACACAGUCGAAAAGUCGCGAUCAAUAAAGUGACUAUCGUGAGAGAAACAAUAAGCAAAACCCGUUAUUCGUCAGUUAUACGAUGACUUGUCGAUGAAGGUCUUCGGUUAAAAAUUCUCCUAAUUCUAAGACAACAUUGUUAAAACACGAAGACCAUUCCAGUUCUGUAACCGGCCUAUUGGCUGGUUCACUGUAUACAUGCCAAAGACUGGCAAAGACUGCUCCACGCGGAGACCCUCGCCGAAGUGAAUAUCGCAUCGAGCUCGAAACUGUUUAGGUUUGUUACUUUAUAUUAACAAAUUAAAGCCAUGAUUUCCAUGCUAACACUCAUCAAAUAAAUAUCAAAGAAAAAGUUUAUGGGCUUAGAUUGUGUCUAAAAAAGGUUGCGAAAAUCGCGACAAAUUUCAGUAGAUAUCAGUAACAAAGUUGACACAAGAAAAAGAAAGGAAAACGAUUGAUCUAGUUGUUGUCGUCUGUUAUCUAUGUUGUACACAGUGUUUUAUUAAAUAGCGAUUUUAAAUACAAGCCGAGUGCUGGAAAUAGUACCCGCGAGUCUCUUUAAAUGAUGGUGCGUUUAACAUCGCGUACUUGAGGCAUUUAAAGCGCAAAGCGCGGUUUGUCGAGGGCGUGAUCACCUAUAAUAAGUAACUUUCUGCUUUUCUUAACACAGAGGUCGCAAGAUUCUGGCAAAGACAGGUUUAACAACAAAUUCUAUCUCCGAGAUCAAUUCUGGUUUCUAUUGUUUGCAGGUACCACUACCAAGCACAACUUUUCUUUAAACACAACUAUCACCACAGCGGCAACACCCUCUUCAACCCCAGUGGUAGUUCCGAAGGUCACAUUCCAAGUAGCGAUUGAAUUUAAAGACAUAGCUUGGAAAAAGGAAUUGCUAAACAGAUCAAGUCCUUUGCGCAUUGCUUUGGCAGAAAACGUAACACAAACGAUAGAGAAUUUCUUCAAAGCGAAAAAUGUAAGCGCCAGUGUUCAGGUAAUAGAGCUGAAACCCGGAAGUGUUCUUGCGUUUUUGAAUGUUUCUACAAAUAAAACUGAAAAUGAUGCAAAAGAGAUGCUCCAAAACCAAAUGAAAAGUGGAAUGAUUGGCGGUCUACAAGUUUCAAAUUCUUUGUUCUCUGGAAGUUUGUUUGAUGUUGUACUUAAGUUAAAAGCCAAAUGUAAUGAUUCCAAAGAACUCAAGGGUUUUAAGCAAAGCCGGAACUUGACACAUGAAAUCGAAAAAGUGUUGCCAGGGAACGAAACGGCAACAGUGGAAAAGGUCGCGUGCCUUGAGACUGAAGACGUUACCAUAGUAACUGUUCGAGUCCAAGUGGAAAAUCCUACGGAAAAGAAUCCCAACGAACAGCUCAGAGAUCUGAAGAAGAAGGUUGAUGAUGGUCGACUGGGAAACUUCACGUUGAUUCCGGAAUGGCAAGCUUACAUUCCUGGGGAAAAGCUGUUUUCGGUUUCUUUUAAUUUGACAUUUACAAAUGGGACAAGUGAAACUGUCGAGGUGCUGCAAAAGGCAAUCAUAGAUUUGUUUCAAAAUGAGCCUGACUUCAGUUACGUUACAGUAGAGCUAAAAAAUAAUCAGACAGUCAUUGUCAAAGUUGGAAUGAAAACAGCUGCUCCGGAUCAACCCUAUGAAGCUCUAGCACCGCUCAAGCAAAGUGUGACUGAUGGACAAGUAGGAAACGUAACUUUAAUACGGAACUCGUUUAGGGCUUAUAUCAACCCCAACACAAUCACUCAAAAAGUAUUUGAGGUUCACUUCCGUCUAAACGUGUCUGACUGUGAUAAGAGCAUUACCUCACAAAACGGUGAGGCGAAGAAAGCUGUUGAGGAGUACGUAAACAUGCUAGCGGGCAACGAAUCCUUCAUAGAUUCGAAAUUAAUAAACAUAUCGUGCGUUAAUGGACAUUAUUACCCAAACGAUCGCUUUGUGUAUGCAGUAUUUCUCGUAUACAUUACUCCUGACGCACCUGAAAAUUUUCUUCAUCACUUACACAAGUGCGAAUAUAUUUGGGACUGGGGAGUGAAAUUUGUUACUUUAACACCGACCUCGCCCGAAAUCUCAGUCGGAAAUUCUACCCAUCUCUUUUGUUCAAGUUCGACUACUCCUACUAGUCCUACAGAAGGAACCAGUCCUACUCCUCCUAAAGAAAGAACCAGUCCUACUAGUCCUAAAGAAGGAACCACAAAGAAAGUAACUUCCUCAGGAACCCCUCCCAUUGUACAAAAUCCUUGCCUGUACGUCAAAAUGAAGUUGGCCAUUACAUGGGGAGAGUUUUGUUCUAAAUUAGAGCACGGCCUGAAACAGAAGAUAGCUUGGAAUUUGUACGACAAAGAUGGAACUAGGGUAUCCCCUGACAGGAUAAUUUUCAUCAACGUCAAGAAAAGCUGUGCUGAGCCAAGCAAAAAAACUGAACGAGCGGAGGUUUGGUUUUACGUUUCCAAGGUGGGCUCGAAUAAAUUACAUAAAUGUCUUACACUAAAGGCCUACAGAGUGCUGACGAUGUUCGUGGAAAAUGCAAAUACCAAAGAGCUUGGACCAGAAUUCAAAGAAAAGGUAUAGAGAUUUAUCAGUUCGAUAUAUUAAAAAGAAGUAGAAAUAUUCCGCGUCAAAGUAAAUACUUAUCCUUCCACAGUUGUUUGGUUUUUGUUUGUUAUUUGUUUGUUCACGAAGGACUUAGGAGUGCGUUCCAGAUCGAAUUAAAAUUUGUAAGUGUUGGUUUUUAAGGAGAGCGGAAAACCAGAGUACCCGGGGAAAGACCUCUCGGGGCAAGAGGGAGAACCAACAUCAAAUUCAACCCAUGAUACGGGCAUUGAUGCCAGGAUUUGUGCCCGGGCCACAUUAGUGGGAGGCGAGUGCUCUUGCCGCUGCGCCACCUUUGCUCUCCUGGGUCUUCUCCCAUCUGGUUGUUUAACAGAAACGUCAAUUCCUUUUUAAAGUGCUUUGCCAUUCUUGUUUGUAGGUCAUACAUGUUGAUCUUGCCGGCAAUGAUGCCUCCAACCAUAGCCUUGGUUUCUCAUCUGGCAAACUUUCGACGUGGUCCAUUACUCUUAUUGCAAUUGCAGGCGCCGUUGGUCUCCUUUUACUUACCUUGGCAUGCUGUUGUGUAAGUAGCAACUACAAUCAUAAACGAAAAUUGAAGGUAUAACUUGCUAAAUCAGCUUUGAAGUAAAUGGUUGAGUGGUGGUGAUCGAAUGAAGACUGACUAUCGCUGGAGGAAUGCUCAGUGCCUUCUUGUCACCAGUCGCUGUCAAUCGCUUAUUUUGAAGAUAUUUGAGUUAAUCGUUGAGGAAAACGAGUGCGAAGAGAGUGAUGGGAAGGGGAGAAAAAGCGAAGUAAUUUCUUGUUUGUCCUUCCCAUCAUCCACUGCUCGCGCUCUUCGAUUGUUUCCAUUCUCCCCUCCACUCGCUCUUCUUCGUCUCCAGUGCCCCUUUUUAAAAGUCCGUGCUCCUCAGAUCACUAAGCCUUGGGAAAGCCUGUGGAGUAGUCAGGCUCAGUGCAGUCUUACAAAUAGACCUACUGGCAUACUGGAAGAUGCACAUACCUCAGGGAAAUCACAGGUGUACCAAGAAAAAGCGGACAAGCAGUCUGGCAGCGAGAUGUUGUUGCAAAAUUAAUAGAUAUUUUAAGUAACAAGUAUGUUAAUAGAAUUUAAUCUGCUCCAUCUUUAUUAUCUAGGUAUUUUGCUGCGGUGCUAAACGACGAAAAAAGGGAAAGGCUGUCGACAAAGCCCAGAAAAUGAACGCAAUUCUUGUGGACGCAAAUGAUGCCGAAGGACGAUCAGGAAAAGACAAGAAGGGAACGAAAAUUAAAGGAAGGAGCGACACAGAUGAAAACGCUAACAAAAAUGAAGGCAAAGAAAAGAAAGUAAAUGUUCUACAUACCUUUUUGUAGCACUUGUUUAAAAUGAGUUGGUUUUGUUUGGAAACUCAUAAUUCUUUUAUAGUUUCACUGAAAGGUGUAUUAACCACGCCUGUCAUCUCCAACUUGGUUCCCAUUUGUUCCCAGCAUUCUUUUACGAACUCAGUUUUUCAUUCUAUCUCGUAUUUAAAAUAAAACAUAAGAAUUUCCUUUUUUUUUGAAAGGCAACUUUACUGCUGUGUCUAUUUUGACUUACAAUAACUCUUAAGAGCGAAUGCACAGAAAAAUCGAGCAAAAUCGGCAAAUCGUGGCCACAGCUCAAAACCUAACUUACCCUCAUUUUCAGUCUGUAAUAAGGUUUUAAUGAGUUUUUAACACUGCUGAGGUUUAAAUUUCAAAAUGCGACCGAGUUUGGGAAUUAUUUGAGAUUUUCGAUUUCAACGGUCAGCGGGCCUAAAAUUAGCCGCCGAACUCGGGAAAAUAGCCCAGUGACAGAAUUGAGCUGAUUUUUAAAAACGAGCGAAUAUAUUGGCAAUCUUCCACUUAAAUCUCAAAAAGCAGAUAUCUAACAAUUUCUGAACGGCACAUUUUUUAGAUUUAGAGAAUAGAAUAUCGACGAACCAGCAGAAUUUUGAAACGUAAUUUGCACAAUGCUUAUAAAUACAACAAUUUACCGCUAAAACCAAAAUCGAAUUUUCUAUAUGGGGGAAUUCUUCAAAUCACCCCAAAUCCCGCUUACUACCUAAUGAGAUAUGGUACUUCAACAUUAUCUGAAAGUUAGUCUGGUGUUCUCGCGAACGCUUGUAAAAUAGACUGAUUAUUUUGAGGUUAUUUCGCCCCAAACAACCGCUAAUUGACCCCAGGGUCAAUUGACACGUGCACGUCAACUUAGUUUUAUGCGUCGAUUUGAGCUCGUUAAAAGGGAGAAACUAACAAGAUUCUUUUAAUAUGUACCUGUUUUAAUGAAAUACACGCAAUCUUCAAAAGGAGAGGCCGUUAAAUGGGUAAUUUCUGUUCUUGAGAUCUUGUAGAUUGCAGCAUGGCGUCUGCGAGUGGACCUGAGUCUAGGUCUGUUUUCCCGUGGCUGCGAAAUCACAAUAACAUCAAGAAAUAAUUCUCCCUCGAAUCUUCGUAAGUGAAUCAGCUUUGCAGUGCCUUACCUGAGAUAAAAAGUGGGCCGAAAAGCAAACAUUUCUAGCGCAAUUUGGAUCCUUUGUGGAACGCAGUGUAUUGCAGAGCGAAAGGUGAGUAAACGUGGGAAAGUACGUUACCUUUGAUUGCGUGACCAGCCAGUAAACGAUAGUCUCCAGCGAAAAAUAGGAUUCGCAAAAAUCUUGCUGAUGUAUAUUUAACAGUUUGUUACUAUAAAUUUACACCUGGUUUGUCUAAAACUUUAAACAAUGCAUAUCUAUCCAAGAGUAUACAAUGUUUCGAAAGAUCCACACCCUAAAUAACUGUGGGCUACUCCAUUUUUUCCCCAUCACCGAUGUGCACUUCCUUCCCACUGUCUUUUGCAUGAGGCUUGUAUGCCUUUUUAACUGUUAUCGACACUUAAAACUGGCCGUUUAAGGCCUGGUUUAAGAACUUGACUGACUUAAAAAACUGUCGCGAACAUGCGCUAUUAUUGUUGGACUUUGGAAGCUUUAAGCCCAAAAUGAUGGUGCAAUCUCGAGAAAUUUGCCCGGGUCUAAUUAUAAGACAGGGAACGGGUACUAAGAAAGGGACGGUCUCAUUUAGCAACCCGUGGACAAUCUGGGCAUGCUUGCCUUCUGUCGCAGGGGCAACCGUUAAGGCCAGGUACGCCGCCCCCACCCGAGAGGAUUGCAUGGCAUCCACCAUUUCAGUCGCUUUUUCUACAUCAUGACCUUCAAUUAUCAUGAAUUAUAAUGCCGGCCUUGAUCGUUGCCACCUUACCAGAAGUCUAAUCUUCGCACUGUUAGACCAUGAGAAUCUCUAUUAUUAUUCUAUAAAUGCACCAUUGACCUUUCCUUGCUCAGCUUCCGGUAAACCGAUACUCCGAAGCAAAAAUAGCUUUACAACGACUCUAUCCAGGCCAGAACUCCUGAUAUCAACAAAUAUACCCCCCCCCCUAAAGAGAGCAAACGUUCCCCGAACUAUUCACUUGACCCACCCCAUCCCUUCGUUAAGAAACACUACGCACUCAGUUCACUGGACAAAACGCGCUCGUGAAUAUACCAAACUAUAGCCGUUCAUCCUACAAGCAAUCUUAGUUUCAGCAGGCGUGGCCACGUUUCCAGUUGCUGUAAGAUUAAUUCGACACCUGCAACAGACACUGUAAAUUAAAUAGCAGCCACAACGCCCUUUUUUGAAACAGUCAGGACGAGAAAGUUUAUAAAAGACUUAACAGGUGUGCGCGGCGGUUUCCUUUUCUUCCUUCCCUCCCAUUGUAGCACUCAAAUUCUGACCCUGAUAUUAAUUCUAGUAGUAAUCAAUCGUUCCUGAGCCGAUAGGCACAAGGAUACUAGUUUCUUGCAAAAUAUGCCUUCGGCCGCUGAUUAGGUUUGGUUCUGUGCUUUGAAAUAACUUUAGGAACGAAACAUGAUACGUGAGGGGAGUGUCCGGCUAAGGGCAAGUGACUCUCGGUGGUGAAGACAUAUACUGAGCUUGUCAGUAUUUCGUAGCCUGUACCACGUCGCGAAAAUAGAACAAGCCAAAGAAAAAUAAGACGCCUUUCUUUCCCCAGCCCCCGCAGGUUUUUCGCAUUACUUUUUACUGCACAACUGAUUCUACCUUUUCGAGCCGGAGCGAACAUGGACGCCCUUGGGGUUAAGUUUCCACUUCAUUUUCGGCACCUGACUAAACGCAAGCGCUGACUUGUGCGCCUAUGCUUCGUUUGCACUGAAGUAGCAGUAUAUGACCACGACAGACUUGCUGCUAUCCUUGGUUUGAAACCGCAAUGGGCAAGAACAAUUUCUUGAAAACAGCAAACUAUUUAAUUUUCCUCCUUAGUAGACAUGGAGAACAUUUACUAGGACUUAAGCAAUGCCAUUGCUUAAGUCCUACUAGACUUGAAAAGAGAAAGCAUGUUGCUUUCUCUUUUUAAUGAUUUACGGCUAAACAGUACAUUUUCAUGUAGCUUUUACGCAAAAUUAAAUACUUAGUUGUUUGCAGAAUUGCAUUUAACAACAAAUUACAGAAAUUUAACUAAGUUUAGAUCUCAUAGAUAAGAAUUGAACGGAAAAAACUUUUGGGGUAAAAAAGUCAAAAAAUAAUGUUUGCUGGAAAAUCACUUAAUGGACGCACAAUAGCAGAGAUAUCAUGCCUGUAAUUUUCUGUUCAAUGCACCUUAUGACAAGUCUGACUAAUCCACUGGUAACCCAUGCCUUAAAACCGCCUUGAAUCUUAAAAUUUAAUCCAUUUGCCUUUCAUGCGUAGUGGUUGGGGGUAAAAUCAGAAGAACAGAACAUUCAGUUAGUAUGUUUGCUAAUCAUCUUAGUUAACCGCCUUUAAAAUAGGAACAAAGGACACCUGGUCAUACAGGAAAAUGAAUUUACUGUAUCCCGAAAGCUUUGGUUUCCCGUGCACUUAUUUUUCGCAGGAGACAAUCGAUAAUUGCCUGGUCACGCAAUCGGAGGUUAGUAACUAAUUUUAAAAAAGUCAUUGAUACCAUCGCCGCUUAGCAAAUACACUACGUGCUGCAAAGGAUCCAAAUUGCGCUUAUAGAAUGUUUUCCUAUUCGGCCCACUUUUUAUCUCAGGUAAGGCACUGCAAAGCUGAUUCAUUUACGAAGGUUCGAGCGAGAAUUAUUUCAUGAUGUUAUUCUGAUUUCGCAGCCACGGGAAAACAGACCUAGACUCAGGUCCACUCGCAGACGCCAUGGUACAAUCUACAAGAUCUCAAGAACAGAAAUUACCCAUUGAACGGCCUCUCCUUUUGAAGAUUGCGUGUAUUUCAUCAAAACAGGUACAUAGUAAAAGAAUCUUGUUAGUUUCUCCCUUUUAACGAGCUCAAAUCGACGCAUAAAACUAAGUUGACGUGCACGUGUCAGUUGACCCUGGGGUCAAUUAGCGGUUGUUUGGGGCGAAAUAACCUCAAAAUAAUCAGUCUAUUUUACAAGCGUUCGCAAGAACACCAGACUAACUUUCAGAUAAUGUUGAAGUACCAUAUCUCAUUAGGUAGUAAGCGGGAUUUGGGGUGAUUUGGAGAAUUCCCCCAUAUAGAAAAUUCGAUUUUGGUUUUAGCGGUAAAUUGUUGUAUGUAUAAGCAUUAUGCAAAUUACGUUUCAAAAUUGUGCUCGUUCGUCGAUAUUUUAUUCUCUAAAUCUAAAAAAAUGUGCUGUUUAGAAAUUGUUAAUAUCUGUUUUUUUUGAGAUUUAAGUGGAAGAUUGCCAAUAUAUUCGCUCGUUUAUGAAAGUCAGCUCAUUUCUGUCGCUAGGCUAUAUUGCCGCGUUCGGCGGCUAAUUUUAGGCCCGCAGACCGUUGAAAUCGAAAAUCUCAAAUAAUUCCCAAAUUCGGCCGCAUUUUGAAAUUUAAACCUCAGCAGUGUUCUAAAUUCAUUAAAACCUUAUUACAGACUUAAAAUGAGGGUAGGUUAGGUUUUGAGCUGUGACCACGGUUUGCUCGAUUUUUCUGUGCAUUCGCUCUUAAGAGUAACAAGUAAAGUUAAAGAACAUCUAAAUUAAUUACAGUGCAUGGUCAGGGAUUUCAGCAAGCUCUCAUGAGCUUUUCUAGGCUGAUUCCCUUAAUGAAUAGUCUGCUACACAGCCAUUUUUAGUGUCGUCACGCAACGCUCCUCCCCACAAAUAAACCUGUUUCAAUCUGCAGUUGAUAAAUUUGACGAUUUUUGCUAUGUCGGAAAGAGCUGUAGUUUAAAGCAAACUAUUUGCUUUGAGGUUUCCCUCUUUAAACGGAAGUCAAUCUAAACGCCAACAAUGUUAUAAAAUAGUACGCUACAUUUCUCGUAAUUUCUUGAUCUGCUGAUGCCAUAGGAUAAAAACUUUGAUGAAGGCGAAAAGGGAAAGGUUGUAUGUUACGAAAACCAAGCCUAUGGCUUAUCGAAAGACGAUGGCCGGGAGCGAAGCUCUAUCAGCCAUUUAGCUCCUGCCAUUGUGACAAGCCACGUCCCCGAUACAGACAAAGCUGACGAGGAAAGUAACACGAACAAGGGUGGACAGGUUUCCGAUACUGCUUCGUCAGGUUCCGGCGGCUCUCGGAGGGGAUCGGCAAGCGCCGGAGGAGAGGUCUGUGUAUAUGUAUGGUUUUCUCAACAACAACGUUACUACUGAAACACGUAGAGAAUUAAAUAGUGUGAUAUGCUUUUCCUACAUUUUGCCAUGUAUCUUUUACAGUCGUGAAGAAUUGAUUAAAAUAAUUUUUUCCCGGCAAAACAGAAACAACGUUUUGAUACCUAAAGAGCAGCCUUUAGCGCACUGUGAAUAAAAGAGGUCUGUUUUAGCCAUAAAAAUGGGGCCGUUUUGGUGAUUGAAAUAAAAUCCUAUUUUUGGGUCUACUGUUGAGUUCUUUUAAUCAGGCUUAAUACGGUCCAAUUAGCUAGGGCUGAUUUGCACCCAUGGGAUGAAAUGCCUUCUUCAUGACGCUGUUUUGGUUUAAUUUGUGCUUAAAUGGCUCCAGGAGAAGUUGAAUCAGACUUUGGCCUGCAGCGCUAAAUUGGCACUUUAGGGCUAGAGCAGUCUUUUAAUUUACAGUGCGUCAAUACCCCGAAUACUAAACUUUUGAAUAUGUUUUUUUUUGUCUCAGGGUCAGGGAAGUGGUUCCAAACAGUCCAGUCCUCUUGCCUUACGACAUAUUGACGCUGACCUAAAGGACCGCGGUAGAAGACGUUCUUCUGCACACUCCAUUAUUGACGACGAGGAUGUGCCCCUGACACACAAGACUGGUACCGUGGGUAUCGUAGCUUUGGCGCUAAGAAACAGAAACGAAAAGAAAAAAGAAGCUGAAUUUAAGGUAACCAAAGGUUUUUUAGACAACGCAGUUGCACGUUUUAAGCGUGACUUGAUAUAGCCGUCUCUUACUCCAUCUUAGAUCUAAGAGAAACUGAAGAAUGAAAGGCAACGUAGCACGAAUAUUGGAAGCCAACGCUCGAAAAAAAAAAAACGAUCCUUCAUGGCAGAAGAACUUCAGUGUUUUUACACGUGCAUGUGCACCGUAAUUUUUAGGGAGUUAUUAUAACUCCAAAAAUGGAGUAAAAAUUUUAGGUACAGGAUAACCCCUUUUUUGGGGUUAUUUUAACUCCUAAUUUAACUCCGAAUUUGGGGUCAUUUUUACUCCUGAAAAAGAGUUCUUUUUACUCCCAGUCUUGGAGUUAAAAUUACUCCGAAAUGGGGUUACUUGUACUCCUUACAGGGGUUGUUUUCACUCUUUUUGGAGUUAAUUUAACUCUGAAAGUGGAGUAAAAAUUUUAGGUACAGGAUAACUCCUUUUUGGGGUUAUUUUAACUCCUCAAAAUCUGUGGUCACUUUUACUCCUGAAAAGAGUUCUUUAAACUCCUUUUUGGAGUUAAAAUAACUCCACGAAAAAUAACUCCACUGUAAGGAGUUAAAUUAGCCCCACUAGAGGAGUUAUUAUAACUCCCUGAAAAUUACAGUGUAUAGUUUUCACUAAGUCUCUAAUUGCCCCCAAUACAACAAAAACAAUCCAAAUCAGUAUUUUAUUUCAUCUGAAAAAUACUGUACAGUGAAACAUGCACGUGUCACUCAUUAUUAUGUCAGGUUAGUGACACAGAGGAGAGGCACAGAUAAGAACCAGAAUUCUUCAGGCUAAGAUUUUGAAAGAACCAGAUGAAGUAGAAAUGUUAAAACAGAUCGCUAUGGAGUUCUUAAAGUCCACUAAUCAUUCUAAUGGCAAAAAAAGUUUCUAUUGGCUUAAAUUGCAGUCAUUUAGACAUAACAACAUGCAUAUUUUGUACAAACAUUUAAAACCUCCAACAUUCUUACAAAAAGUCUUUUUUCCUUAAGAAAAUAAGAACCUCGAAUGUUUGAGAACCUAAACAGCUUAAUUUCCAAGAAACAGAAAAUUUAUAAGAGCCUUUUGAGGCUAACUUCGAAAAGCACCUAUUACUUAGUCCUUACUGUAUACUACUAAAUGUAAGAGCAGGGGGGGAGGGGAGGAAGAGUUAGGGUUAGGGUUUUAGGGUUAAGGUUAAGGUUGGGGUUAGGGUUAGGUUAGGGUAAGGACUAGGGAUAGGUUAGGGUUAGAAUCAGAUUAGGUCGAGGUUGGGGGUUAGGGUUAGGAAUAGGUUAGGGUUAGGUUGGAGGUUAGGGUUAGGAAUAGGUUAGGGUUAGGUUGGAGGUUAGGGUUAGGAAUAGGUUAGGGUUAGGUUGGAGGGUUAGGGUUAGACGAGCAGUCUCAACUGAUUUCAAUGGUCAUAACACAUGAGUUGAUCCACUGAGUUAAACGUUCGCCUUGUCAGGAAAAGGGUGUUACGUUAAGCUGGUUAGGGUGGAUAGCUAAAGUUGAGCUAAGGCUUAGGGUUAAAUAAGGAUAAAGGUUACAAACAAGAAGUACGGUUUGUUGAGGGUUAACGUUUGAGGGACUUCUGGGCAGGAUACCAAAUAACGUUGCGUUACAUAUCAAUUACAUCGCCGUACUGAGCGUAGGAUUGAAUUUCAAAAGACGGGUCAGGAGGUGAGAAAUACAGAGAUGUAGUUUCAAUACAGGCGAUUUUCGAAGACUAAACACUGGUCAAGCAAAUAGUUUUAAAUUAACGUUAUCUUACAAGACGUUUCGCUUCGCUUUCUUCGUGUUUGACCACAGCAGAGCACAGAUAAUAUAAACAUUUCAGAGAGUAAAUAUUCCAGCUCCGAGGGGGCGAGUAAAACCAACGGCCACAUCUGAAAGAAAAGGACAAAAGGAAAACCUUGUUUAAAGAAAAUUCCUCAACACAUGUUUAAAAAGUAAUAUAUCUCUUUUACAUCAUUUUCCCUAGAUCAGUUUCAUCCCGCAAUGGUUUUAUAAUCGCCCGUACCGGUGCAUAAAGCAGAUUAAAAACAUUGUACCGAACAUUCCAGACAAUCAAGCAUAAACGGCGCUCGUCGUCGCGACGGUGCUAUAGCGCGGGAACUUUAACAUGCUUUGAGGAAAAAUAGUUACUCUUCCGCGAUCCGAUCAGCAUUUAGCUUGCAAUGCCAACAAUAAAUUGAAAAUGAACGACAAUUCAGCCUGUGCAGUAGGACGGCGGCUCUUUUUGGACACAGUCAAUUUCCAGAGUCGCUCGACACAUGACCAAAAAUAAACCUUCGCUAUACGAAACCACAGACUUUGACUUCAACUACACUUUCACGACUUUGUAACAUAACCUUUCCUGGCAAAAAGCCUGCUACUCACCGUUGUUGCUCGCUUAUUCAAAGAUCAGCACCUCCGUCGUAGAAACUGAAACACAACAACAGAACAGUCUCACUGUAAUGGUCAAAUAUUAAACAUGUUGUUAACCUUUCUCGCAGUGCAUUCUGGGAAAUCCGUGUUCAACUCGUGCGGGACACAUUACAUCCUGGCAAUAACAACACAAUUUAGAAGUCUCCAGCAAGGCAAAAAUCACAGCCAAAUACUUCGUUGGCCCUCUUUUCUUAUGUCCAAACUAACCAAUUUGCCCCUUAUUGCCUGCUGGAGACUUCUUCACGGUGUGCAGAGCUGGGCAGAGACGUUAUACACCAUCCACCGGAUGGUCUCUCGAUUUGCCCGAAGCUCGGUUCUUUGAGCAACGAGCGCCCAUUUAAGCCUUCCCGGACUUUAUGAUGUCCCAGGCACUUUGCAAACCGUGGAAAUAGAAUUUCUUGCCAAACUCGGCUCAUAUUAGUCCCCGUUUCGCACACGCUCCGAUCAAAACCUCUCCAUUCACGAAGAGAGCCGUUGAAAGGAGAAAGAUACCGCGCAAACUCGAACCUUUCAAAACUAGAACCGGUUCCCCUCGGACAAAAAAAAAAAAAAAAACGGAAGUCCUUUCUAAAGCGAGUGAAAAGAAAACAAGAAAUAAAAUAAAUAAUAAACUUACUUCUGUUGACUUCCACGCUGCUCCUCCCUGGUUUUCUUUAAUGAAAAAUAUCUAUGAUAAAAAAUGACAUUUCAUAAAAAUAAUUUACAUAUAUAAUAUACACCGUAAUUUUUAGGGAGUUAUUAUAACUCCAAAAAUGGAGUAAAAAUUUUAGGUACAGGAUAACCCCUUUUUUGGGGUUAUUUUAACUCCUAAUUUAACUCCGAAUUUGGGGUCAUUUUUACUCCUGAAAAAGAGUUCUUUUUACUCCCAGUCUUGGAGUUAAAAUUACUCCGAAAUGGGGUUACUUGUACUCCUUACAGGGGUUGUUUUCACUCUUUUUGGAGUUAAUUUAACUCUGAAAGUGGAGUAAAAAUUUUAGGUACAGGAUAACUCCUUUUUUGGGGUUAUUUUAACUCCUCAAAAUCUGUGGUCACUUUUACUCCUGAAAAAGAGUUCUUUAAACUCCUUUUUGGAGUUAAAAUAACUCCACGAAAAAUAACUCCACUGUAAGGAGUUAAAUUAGCCCCACUAGAGGAGUUAUUAUAACUCCCUGAAAAUUACAGUGUGUUUAAUACACCGGGGCUUUAAAAUUAUUGCAAUUUUUGAGUCAUGUAAAUGGUAUAAACAAUUCAAAGAAAACAUAAAAAUUGCUCUUUAACAUUGGAAUUGACUAAGUUAUUAUUCUUAUCAUAAAUAUAUUGCCAUUGCCAUUAUUACCAGCGAGUCACAAUUAUAACUACUGCCGAUUGCUAUCAUCAUCAUCAUCAUCAUCAUCAUCAUUACGAGUACAUUAUCUCAGUCACUAUUAUUAUUAUUAAAUUUAGUACCUGUAAAUUAUACACCAAGACGUGCUUUAAGACUAAAACAGAUGCUCGUUUAUCCUUUGGCUCUCAGAAUCUUAGCAAAGACGUACCUGAGGAGGAAAUCAAAUAUCCGACGAACACCCAAAGCAAAAAUAGAUCACCUGAUGUGCUCCCUGGUAUGUUUUUUGGUUGUUAUUGUUGUUUUUGUUUUCGUUUUGUUUUGUUCCAAUUGUUGUUGCUUCUUCUUCCAAUAAUGAGCAGUAUUCACGACGUCUUCACGGGAGGCAGCGUGGUCGAGCAGAUGCUGCGUUGGACUUGUGAGUUCAAGUCCCGACCUGACCGCUAGCUGGAUUUGUUCUCGGUAGUACCGAGUUCAAAUCCUCGGCCACGCUUGUAUAAUAGCAAACUGGUUAAGCCAUGUUUAUGUCCCAAUUGUUUCAUUAUCCCGGAAAAGCCCCAUAAGGCCAGGGGAGAGAAUAAUUAAAGUAUUAUUAUUAUUAUUAUUAUUAUUAUUAUUAUUAUUAUUGUUAUCAUUCUUUCCUAACUUGGAAAGCUACUUUUCAAUGACAGUAGAAAGUCAUCUGUAAUCAGUAAUUCAAAAGAUUGAAAAUUAGCUGACGCACGUACACAGUGAAUGGUAAAGGUUAUUUAAGCACGGGCAUACCACUUAAAAAUAUUUCCUUUUGAAGUCGGCUUUAAUCUCACACAGGAAAAAUGCUGAUGGUGACAUGCUUAGCUUGACCAGGGAUUCCAUAAGUUUAAUACUUGAUGCAUUCUGCAAUACAAUGGAUUUCUUGAACCGCUCUUUUCUAAAAAAAUAGCUCUUUCAAAUAUUGUCUUCCGUUACAUUUUCAGCUCCGAGGACCCGAGUUAAGUUAUCAUCAAACCCUGAUUACAUCAAUGCUAACUGGAUAAGGGUAUUUUGCUUUUUUGUUGUUGUUGUUUUCUUCUAUUACACUUGCUUUGAAUCAUUUUUGUAUUCCUAAGCUGCGUUUCCUUGGGAGAAUUCAAGUACUUUAAUUUCGUUACGAUAAAACAAAGAAAUCACUUGCUGCCAGUAAUAUAGGCUAUGUUGGCGUAGACAAAAAGGAUUGUGGCGGUCGUCGAGUUUUCGCCGCUUGUCAGGUGGUUUUCAUCCCAAAUAAACGCGCCCAGGGAUCAUGAAUCAGAUUCAAACAAAUCUGUAUUUACAUUCAGUCAUCUUUUUAAUCGAAUCGAAGAGUGGAUAAUUCUUUAUUAGAUCCAAAAUAUAUUUGUUAGAUUUUUGUAAAGAAACGAAAAACCUGUGUUUGUAUUCAAAAUUCCUGUUUUGGAUACUCCGAAAGAUAGUUUCCUGAGUAAGGCAGAACUGAAUAUAAUCCUCCAUUCCUUUAGGAUCACAAAGGACAGCAGCGUUACAUAGCGACCCAACAUCCCCUGUACGAGACCGCGGAGGAUUUCUGGAGAAUGGUUUGGGAACGAGAGUCUCGAUUGGUUGUCAUGGUAAACGAGGAAGAAAAAGAAAAACCGGUAAAAGCGAGGUGUCAUUUAAAACGUAAAUAAAGAUUUUCAUCUUAAUUAUGCGCUGGUAAAUUGGAAACUUUAACAAAAGGAGUGAGACCAAAAAAAUAGGCCUUUAGUGACUGCUAUGUGUACGUAACCAAUUUCACAGAUAUGAAUCACUUAUAGUUAUGUUUGUGUCAAUGCUAGACGGAAUUUAUGAAUUAUCUGCCAAGAGGAGAAGGAAACACCAAGAGCUUUGGAGGCAUCGAGGUCACUAUUAAACAAAUUGUGAAGAAAGCUGACUACACGAUGACUAUUUUAAAUGUGGCGGACAGCAAGGUAGACUGCAAUUUUACUUGAUAGCGAGUAAGCUGAGCGAGACUAAAACUACCUUUCACAAAUAUGUCUUCUGUUUUCAAUAUGUAUUCAUCACUUCUUUAAUUAGAAUUCCACGCUUCGAAAAAUUUAGAGCUACCUUGCACAGUAUAGGAUAGCAAACAGUACCGCAGGGAAAGACUACUACUACUAGGCAUCCUUCAUUUGAACUACAGUCAACAAACACACGAGUUUAUAAUCGAUAUCGGUCGGGCAUAUGGACCUAUCGUCACGGUGGGAAUAUUGGUAAAACCAAUCAAACAAUGACUUAUCCUUCAUUUGGGAAACGUACUUUGUUCUUAAGCACACAAGCAUAGCCGCCCUGACGUCAUAUAUUCACUUGACAUAUAUGCACAUCCCCUUGACAUCUCCAAAAUGCAAUGAGUGGAUUAAGUAAAUUGAAGUUUCGGAUCUGGAAAUCAUUAGCAAGUUAGCCUAGUAUGAGUUAGUUUAGAGCGCGGAAAAUUCGCGUAACUGAAGUGUGGCAGCGGGCACGUUCUCUAUCCUCCUUUAUUUUCUCUUGUAUUGAGGUCAAUUAUUAAUGCAAAAUACUUUCUCAACUCUGAUUGGCUUGAACUAGAUCAAUAGUACAGCGACGCUCCUACAUAGUUUAUGGGACAAUACUAUUUUACGAUUAACUUUGUGUUAGUCUGAAAUGUCAACCAUCUGCUCACACCACCCCCCACCUCCUUCCAACGGUCCCUUAACCGGUAAUGAAAUAUUUCAGACUAACUUUGUCCCUUAUUAAUGAAAUAUUGCUUAUCAUUGCAGAAAGCCUCAUCCCCGCGCGAAGUCUCUCACAUGAAAUUCACCUCGUGGAAGGAGCGUGCCAUGCCAAACGUGGCCUUGUUUGUUGGGUUCGUAACGGCAACGAGGGAAGCGAGGAAGAAGUAUGGCGAUAUCAAAGCUCCUACUAUUGUACACUGCAGGUUUGUAAAAUUACAUGUUUUUGGGGUGGUUUAUCUCUUACAUUGUAUCUUUUCCAAUUAUUCUUUAGAUCAAAUAAGGCCGUUUAAAACUGAUUGUCAUCAAUAUCAAAAGAAUCAAUCAAAUUUGAAAGUAAAUACAUGUUGGCGGUAGCAGCAAUUUCGUCUGCUGGACUUGGGUGUGGCUCCUGGGAAGAUGGAGGGAAAAUAAAAAAAGGGAGAGCGAUACAAAACCAAAGCAUUCGCGAAAUUUCUUUUUAGACGUUGUUUUGUGUUUACGGUUUUAAAGUGCUAACUAUAGUUUUUUGGUUCUCAGCUACGAUAUCGGAACGUGCAUCCAUAAUAUCCCACUGUUAACGCUUAAGGUUGAGUAAAACGGUGAACAAAAACAUACAACUUUCUUUGCAGCAUUGCUGCAAAACGAGUUCAAAAGCGAUGUUUUGCACGAUUUAGUACCCAGGAAUUACACCUUUGUUGCAAAAACAAUGUUGUUUCGGGUUGUAAAACGAGCAACAUUCCUUUUUAACUCCCUUUCAGAAGCAAUGUUGCAAAAACAGUUGCAUGAGUGUGUUUUGCCCGUUUUACCGUAGCUAUAUAAUACUUCUUUGCAUUCCCUUUCAGUGAUGGCCUAGGUUUUACCGGGGUGUAUAUUACUGUGGAUAUUGGCGUUAAGAGUCACGAGGAGAGUAAGACAUCAGUUGUUGAUGUCUUUGAGCUGUCAAAGAAUCUUAGGCGUGACAGACAUGGUAUUGUUUGUUCCUUGGAACAUUACAACUUUAUCUACCAGGUUAGUGGAAAAUCAAAGAGGAAACGCACUCUACUCUUGUUUUUAGCGUUUAUUAGCCAAUUCUUUGUCUCUGACAUUUGUUCAGUACCACGACUAAUGUUGUCAUGACUUGAUGAGAAUGCCUAUGGGAGCGUGGCUUUAAUCUUCAAGAUCGUCGUUUCAUCACUGAAUAACGAUCGUCACGACUUCGAUUUCGGAAAGAAAGAGUCUCAAGACUAAUUUCGUAGAAACGAGCUGACGUACGCAAUAAUAUUGAGACAAGGGUAACGUUGUACGAAAGAACGUAUAGGUAAAUAUCAAAAAAGUGAAGAGUAAAAUCGUACGAAGGGAACUCACGGAAAACUGAAAUUGUUGGCCGUCAUAGAACAUCACGGAAGUAGUAGUUCACGAUUUGGAAAAGAAGUUAAUAAAUAAGUUUAAAGGAGAAUGCAUGGAAACCUCUCCUAAAUGUUUGAGAAUUUCAGUCUGAAGAAGUCUUUUACGGAUUUUACGAAAACUUCCGAAAACAAAUAAAUAACUAUUAAAACUGGGAGCUCCGUCAGUGUGCUAGCAUUUUCAUGGCUGACCUAACUGUCAUACUGCCUUAAAGUCAUGAACGGGCGACCAAAAUGUUCAGUUUGGAGAACACUGAAACUUUUAAAAUCUAUUCGCCAGCUGACGCCUGAAUGAAAACGUUUAUUUUGAGCCCUGGUAUAUAAAGUUGGAACGCUGUAAUCCUCGACGACAUUUUUUGCCAUCCUGAAUGUAAUGCCCUCUAAUUUAGUUUGCAGCGUUUAACAUUAGAAAGACGAACGAACAAAAAAGGCAAAUAAACUCAGUCUUAUUAAGCAAGUUAGAUGGAAGGUCAGUAAAGCGGAGUUUGUUCUGAUUCCUAUAGGCACUAUAUGAGUAUACUGUGAACUACGACGAGUCAGCUGAGGUAAUUAUAAUUGAUAGCAAUUCGAUUGUCUAUACUACAGUACUUCAGUUUUUGUUCUUAUCCGUGGGUUAUUCACCUUCUAUACAAUUCGUGUGAUUUUAGUGUUAAAGUGAAAGGGUCUGUAGCCCUUUCUACAAUAGGCUGAUUUAGCAACAGAACAGGAACGCAGUUGACGACGGCGCCCGCAAAUCAAACAACUGGCUUGACCAAUGGCUGAGCGGCAAACUGGGCACCGGAAGUAGAGUUUAGUCCUUUUCGUCGUCAAAUGACGUUUCCGUUCUGUUGCUAAAUCAGCCCAUUAAAGACAAUACCGUCACGUUGAGAAAUGCUGAUAGUGAGGCGCAUUCCCCUUUUCUUAUCUAAAGGCUAGCUGCGAGAUCUUGCCAUAAAACCCAACGAAGGCUGAAUGUAGCUUUGUUUACUCAACUGGGUGGGUGGGACGUUGAUAGGAAAGCAACCCUAUGGUCCCCUAAGGGUGGGGGUGGAGUUGAACUGUGUAACCGGAAAAAUCUAUAGCUACUCCCUGGUAUAUAACGGGGCUUCAAGGCGUUUGCCAUUUUUUAAAUGCUGGUGUCAUUGAACAGUAACUUCCUCGUUCUUCACGAUAUUUAAUUUUGAUAAGGUGCUAAGCGCACUGUUUUCAGACGCUUCUGCUUACUGCCAUUUAUAAAAAAAAUAUUCCUGUUUUUUUUUUUUGCUUUCAGGCACAAAAGCUGUGAGAUCAUGGUUUCAUUAGUAACCGGCGCAGCAGCUGGACUCAUUACCAAAAGUAGUAGAGAAACGUAUAAACCAUAGCAUUCACUUCAAGGGCGGAUCCAGCUUUUUUGGGGAGUUAGGUCUUUUGUAGUCUUUUUUUAUUACAUUUUGAAUGAUAACCGUUUGUCUUAAAGAAUGUGCCAGUUGUAAGAUUUUCACUCGAUCAGUUGUUGUAAGCUUCUGUUAGGUAUUUAUUUAAAACCGCUCUAAGGCCAAUCACGACCUUACGAUUCUUUUUUCCUUUCACAAGGCAUGUUAGAAAAAUAGUCAAUGUCGCGUGCUAAUACUAAUUGUAACGGUAACGAACUAUUGUUAAUUACUUUUAUACAAAAUCUAGACUAUAUAUUGAGCUAUUAACUUCGCUGUUGGCAUUAAACUUUUUUUACACUAUAUUUAUUGCGUGUAUUUUGUGGUUUGCAAGAAAUAAUCUACAUUAUUAUACAUUGUACUCACUAUCUGUCUUCUCAUUGGCUAAGAGCCUACAGCUAAUUUUGGAAAUCAACGCAACCUACAGAUAAGUUAGUUAUCUGCAAGCAAAUAACUGAGUAAUCUGUAGGUUGCACCCACAAUGCUUGAUUUCCAAAAACAAUUUUAAUACAGGUUCCUUGCGACGGUGUGUUUGUCGUUAUUUUCUUCAAAACAAAGUAUAAUAAAACAAUUAUUAGAUUCGUUUUUUGUGAUAUCAUAAAUAAUCAAAGUCUCGCUAAGUGUUAUCAGCCUCGACCUUCGGCAAGGCUGAUAACACUUAGUCGACCUUGAUUAUUCCGGAUAUCACAGAAACCUCAUCCAAUGAUUGUUUAGAAUACCCGAGGAUAAAGUCCACAUGUCGUUGAUCACUUUUCAAUAAGUGUGGGGUGUGGGAAACGAGCUAUCCCGUGGAGCGCUGGGCCAGCUCCAGCCAUGGGAUCUGUUCCUGUCUCUGCAGCCCAUCCACCGAUUCUCAAGAUUAGGAUUUUCAACAGUGCUUGAACUAUUUUCCACGAAGUACUAGCUUCUCUGGUUUAACGUUCUGAAUGAAGGCGUUCAAGACAUUACAUAAAAUUAAGCUACCAUACUCAUCACUGUAAGCUAGAGACCUCCGCUCCCCACCUCUUUACUAAUUUUAUCUUUGUGCCACAUUUAUAACCCAGAAAAAGAGUUAUGAGACCCCCACUACGAAAUUUCAAUGACCUGUUCAGAUUCAACUGUUCUCAACGUUUUGAAAAAAAAAAAUCAAUUAGGGCGCGCUUUUCGACUACGGCAAACUCAAAGCAAGGGGCACACAUACCCACAGCCUGGCCAGUACCUUACGCAUGCGCACAACCAUAUCCCCCGGGCGGAGGCAACCAUGCUGAUGAGCCCUAAUAAGCCAGGGUAGCCUGUGCGUGAACAGGCUGUUCAUAGCUGCCACCUCCAAGGUGAUAUGGCUGUGCGCAUGCGUGAGGUACUGGCCAGGCGAUGGUUUGGUCUAUGUGUGGCCUUUAUUAUCUUUUCAAUUAGCCUGCGUUGCAGGCGGCCCAUGCGUGUAUCGUUUGAAGCCAUUGAAAUAGUCCGGCCCGGUCUAUGAAAGGCGGUGUAGGGUGUCUGCGACGUAAGCUAUUUUCGACGGGCGCCAGCUUACAGUGCACCGAUCGAAAUCAUGCAGCCAAUUACAACCUACAGACGCGACCUUUUAAAUCCGCUUAAGAAAGCCUGUGUUUCCUGAGAGGUCCGUCAGAGUGAAUACGUAAACGUUAAUUAUAUUUUUGACUUGGGGUGGCAUGUCUUUUUGCAAACCGCGGCAAUGGUAGCGAAGAAAUAUGCUGGUAGAUGACAAAAUACAAGCUUGUGUCAAGCAAAUAUGUCUCUUAGGUGUUGUACGUAAUGUUUCGACUAGAAAAACACUGUCUGGUAAAACAUUUUGCUUUCUUAAAAGACGUUUUCUAUUGAUAUGUAAAUUUUGUGCUUUGAGUAACUUAUUGUUUUUUUUAACGAGCCUCUGAUUGGCGGAGAUAAAUUUUUUAAGCAAGGGCUGGCUUACAAAAAAGGACCCGAUCCUAAUAAAGGAUCCAAACAGCAAUAAGUGAAAAUAUUAAACAAAAGAAGCAAGGCUGAUUUUACAGUCGGAAAUAUAUAUAUUUUUUACCGAUGUUUUGGAAGGCAUGGCCUUCUUUCUUCAGGGUGUUACUGACAUACAGAGACAGCGGCUGGUAAUCAAGCCUACUGAUUGGCCCUCAACCAACUUUCUCGGAAUGUAUUGUCAUUUCUAUAAUACGAUUGGCCAAGUUUGUCUAAGUAGCCCCGGAUACAGUGGUCGCACUGUAACUUCAAGAAGCAUAUAAAUCAAAAGUGACCCUGAGCUAGCCUUUUUACAGGCUCUCAGAUAGUAAGGGAGGUCGCAAAAGCAGGCCAAGCGGAAAUUUUGCCUGUCAUCUGACCUCUCUCUUCAAAGGAAGUCGAUUCUUUACUGAGGCAAAACUGGGUGUAGAUCUUCUUAGGUCGGUUGGUCCACUUUAAAGUCCAGAAUGUAACUAGACAGACUUGCCUCUUAUAGUAAUUUUCAAGGAGUUUUAAUAACUCAUCUAGUGGGGCUAAUUUAACUCCUUACAGUGGAGUUAUUUUUUGGGGAGUUAUUUUAACUCCAAAAAGGAGUAUAAAAAACUCUUUUUCAGGGGUAAAAGUGACCCCAACUUUUGAGGAGUUAACAUAACCCCAAAAAAGGAGUUAUCCUGUACCUAACAUUUUUACUCCACUUUCAGAGCUAAAUUAACUCCAAAAAGAGUAAAAACAAGCCAUGUAAGGAGUAAAAGUAACCCCAUUUCGGAGUUAUUUUAACUCCAGACUGGGAGUAAAAAGAACUCUUUUUCAGGAGUAGUGAAUGACCCCAAAUUCGGAGUUAAAUUAGGAGUUAAAAUAACCCCCAAAAAGGGGUUAUCCUGUUCCCAAAAUUUUCACUCCAUUUUUUUUUUGAGUUAUAAUAACUCCCUAAAAAUUACGGUGCUUUUGAUUCAGUGAGAUGUCAGAUAACACAGAGGAGCUACCCCACCACACCCUCAAGAUCUUGUGAUGAGUUUUUCUAUAAGUUAAAAAAUGUAGAGCUUCAAAAAGUCUUACUGGGAAGUUUGACGAAUCAUUCCAUAGGCGUUGGGGAAAAUUAGAUUCAGAUUAUCCAGUUUGAUCUGAUGACACAAAACGUAAACCUACGCUGGAAUCUCGAUAUAUAUUAAAUUGGGCGAAGCAGGGACAGGUAAAAUAUGCUCGUUAUAACUGGGCUGAAUAACAACUUGUAUUAAAAGACCAAGGACCUCUCGUUGAACCUGCUUCGUAUAUACCUACAGCACAGAAGUUUUUUGGCAUUCUGUGUUCGUGUCAUGAGUGUUUUUUUAUUAGUCUAAAACAAUAUCAUUAUAUGCUCUUUUGUAAGAACAUUGUUAAAUAUUGAAAUUAUAAAUUCUUAUCAAGUUUACUAGUAAUAUUAAUUGACCAAUUUUUUUUGUCAUUUUUUGCUUUCUUUUUUUCCCUUGUUUCUUUUACAGUCUUUUUUUCUCUCUCUCUGUCUUUCUCACACCAAUAAAUUUGUUUUAACGUUUUAAACGAUGUCAGUGUAUCCAUUCCAGUUAAAAGCUUGAGUUGUGCGAAAGAGUAAAAGAAGAAAAGCAAAUGCAGUGGACAAAAAGAUAUAUUUCUUUCUGUCACAUAGCCAUCAGAGCAGCUCAAGUUGGUUCUGAAAUCUUCAAAUUUGUUUCGUUCAAUUCUUGCAUUUGUCGUGCUUAAUCUCACACAACAAUAGUAGACUUGCAUAUCAGCCUUGUGAGCCUUCUCGAGGCCGGAAAUGUCAAUCUUGUCAAAACCCACACAAAAGAAUCAAUACGAAUGUUUACUUUUCUAGCAUUCCUGUCAUUUCAUUUUAUGUCAAAGAGCCUCAAAGAGAUCUCUACUCCGCGUCGGGUCGUAGGUUCAAACAAAGCAUUCAUACUGAGUUUGCGUUGGUUUCUGUAACGACGCUAAAACUCGUAUCUUGAUUGUUUAAUUCGUUUUCUGUUGUAAAUACUCUCAGAUUGAGGUAAGUCUUUAAUUCUUUUAAUUCCAAGCUGAUAUAGGUACUUUCUAUCAGUGCUUCUUGUAAGUGUUUAGAAUUCAUGUUCAAUUUUGUUAUGAAUCGUAAGUUCUUCCAGUGUUACACGCCGUGUUGAUUUCGAUAUACCAAUGAAAGAGAAUCACUGUUUUUACGGUUGCUAAACUAAAAUCCAUACUAAGGGGAAUAACUUUUAAUGGAUCUUUCACUCGUUAAGAGCCGUAUUAAACUAUCUGGAUCCAACAAUACAUCUACUAGAAAGUCUUGUUGUUGUUGCCGUCGAUGUCUUUUUUUGUUUUCGGAAAUACUCUGGAUGUUUGCCCACUUCUGAAGAUGCUCGAGUUCAAUCUGUUAGUAAUCUGUCAUAUCUGGAAACAUUUUAGACCCAUUUUAAGACAAAAAAUAUCGUUAAUAGCUUUCCCCCUAUAUUUUCUUUCUGGCACACAAUGUGUGCGAUAUUCUAUUGCUUUCAGAUUUGCAUAAAAAGCUGUGCCAAAGCACCCGUUUCGUUCACCCGAUUGAACGAGACACCAAUACGUCACGCAUGCCUUAAAACCACCACCGAACGGAGUAAGAUGACCUCGGAGAGAUAUAAUAGAUCCUUAUACUGAUUUGACAAAGAGAAAACUGUUUGAGCACGCACUUGCUUGUAGGCUUAAGCAAUUGAAGUGUGAUCAACGUUUUCGAAAAUCUAUAAAUGUGUGUCACUGAGGCAUGCGCACUAUUAACAGGGUGCCAUGAUCGAGAAAACUGGAUUUUCUCCGCCUCCCCUCCAAUACAAGGCGAGGUAGAAACUGUGGACAUAAUCGAGAAAAGAUUUCCCCAGCACCUUAAAAAGCUUUUCAGUGUAUGUUUCUCUCAUUGACUGGACUCACUGCUGGACGACCAACCCGACUGGUUACAGGUGAUUGACAGCUGCCUGUAUAAUAGAUCCUGACCCAGUACCGACUGAUAAUCACGGCCCGGGAGGGGGGGUACUCAACAAAGUUUUAUACGGGGAAGCUCCGCCCCGAGGUCCAACUCUUACCCUUUUGUGUACCAUUUUGGACAGAAAAGUUAUCCUUUUCUUAUACCUUUAAUUGAUCAAAUAGUACCCCUUUCAAACAUUGUUAGAACUUUGCAUCUCUUUUAACUGCUGUGAAUGAAGUGUCUUUCAAGUAUUGAGUAAUUAAACGUCUUCUCCACUUUUCCAGAGUCAUAGUGCAUCUGUCAGCUUGGACUGUUUAUAAACCGAAAUGACAGAUUUCCCUACCCUUUCAUAUAUCUGAAAUAAGCCCCAAAAAGGCACCCCUUUCGGGCGGAGCUUCCCCGUAUAGGCCAUUGUAGGGAGCACCCUCCCCGGGGAUCAAGGUCUGGAUGGCCGACAAACAUUUUCUGUUUAAGGGUACAAAAAUAAUCAGUAAGCCGGUCAUGCUUGUUGAUUUACUGAAUGACUGACGGACGGACUCUGGCUGAUCAUUUGAUUUUAUCCGACUGCCCAUUGAUGGAUUUGUAACGUUAAAAAGAUCAGGAGGAACUUUGACCAGAGCGAUGAGCUUCGAACAUGCUAUUUGAUCAUGAGUUGCUGAUACAACAAGACUUAAUUUCCCUUUGUUUUUAGGUCAGCAGAGUUUAAUAUCAUGAGGUCCUUUGCGUUAUUCAUUGUGGUGAUGUGUAGCUUUCACUUAGGUAUGUAUGGAUGCAUUAAACCUGAUGACUGUGAAAGAUACUUUGAUCUUUUUUUCAUCCAAACUGUCACAUUUCUACCACUUUUACGCAGGCGGUGAUAAAGGUCUUCAGCAUGAGCUGAUCUGAGUUGGUGAUGAUUGUUGUAUUGAUUUAAAUGGGCUACUGCAUGGGUGCUACAUGGGUUCGUACGGAGGAGGAGGGGGGUGCACUACUUGAUGGCAGUUUUCUCAGUAGUUAUGGGCUUAUGGCUCGGGGUCGCUAAGCUACUGCUCCAAGCAUCUGAAUUGUCUAGUUAGGCAGAGAACUUUAGUCCAUAUAAGGAAAAAGCGCGAGAACUUCAUACAAGUUGCCCCAAAUACGUGGCGUUGAUAACUCGUAACUUUAGCCAAUUUCUUUCUUAAUUUUUUAAAGACAAUUUUAACUAGCCGCGGGAAAUUUAAAGUUAACUCCGAUUUAGCCCUGUGUAAACAGAAAAACCGUAAAACAAAUGCAUAUCAGUUUGUGUUCUCGUCGUCUUGUUGAUAGUAAAUUAUGUAGUCAUCUCACCUUAAGAAGGAGACUAAGCGUCCGUCUUAGAUAGGUGUGUCCCCGCUCAACAGAGAUCAGAAUCAAAGAAAAUGAGAGAUCAGUUCAUAUAAACUGCAGCGCGGACCAAUCAGUCUAGGAGUUUUUCUUCAAAGAGGAGUUGCUUUCUUAUAGUUUAUGUCGCACCGUAACUCCAGGUACAGGAUAACCCCUUUUUGGGGGUUAUUUUAACUCCUAAUUUAACUCCGAAUUUGGGGUCAUUUUUACUCCUGAAAAAGAGUUCUUUUUUCUCCCAGUCUGGAGUUAAAAUAAUUCCGAAAUGGGGUUAUUUUUACUCCUUACAAGGGUUGUUUUUUUACUCUUGUUGGAGUUUAUUUAACUCUGAAAGUGGAGUACAAAUUUUAGGUACGGGAUAACUCCUUUUUAGGGGUUAUUUUAACUCCUCAAUAUCUGGGGUCACUUUUACUCCUGAAAAAUAGUUCUUGAAACUCCUUUUAGGAGUUAAAAAAACUCCACAAAAAAUAACUCCACUGUAAGGAGUUAAAUUAGCCCCACAAGAGGAGUUAUUAUAAUUCCUUGAAAAUUACUGUGCGUACGAAAGGCAGAGAUGACUGUAAUUUGCUUUGAUCUUUAUCACAGAGUGUUCCACAAAAGAUCUUCCUAGUGUUUACGUCCGGGUGUCAUGGAAAAUGGUAUGGCGAAGGUUCUGCCACUUUGUUCCGUUCUUUGCCGAAAAACUUUCGGAAAAACUUUAUGACGCAAAGGCAAACGUGGUCAAAGCCAGCAGAAUUCGCUUCAUAAAUGCUACGGAACUGUGCAAGGGAAAAGGCAACAAUGAUGAAGCGAUUUUGGUUUUCUUCGUCUCGAAAAGUGAAAAUGACCUUGGUACUGGAGAUGUUGACAGAAAUAUCACGAUUCUUGCUUAUAUGAAAAUGCGUGAUUACUGGAAAAACAAAAAGAUGGCUCUUUUGGAUCCAGUCUUCAUCGGACAGGUAACGUCAAAUUUGCUUGCAAUCACACUUUCAGCAGCCCAUACGGACUCAUCUUUAGAACUGCCUUGUACGGAAUCGCAAAAAAAAAAAAGAGAGAAAAGAAAAAAAAUCGUCCUAAGGAAGCACUAUUCGGCUGCAUUCACACUGACUUUGGUUAUUCCACAUAUCAUUUCGACAGGUAAAAAGUGUUGAGAUCUUGGGAAAAGACAAGCCAGACAUCUCAGAGGAUUUUUCAGAAUCAACAAGAAUAGGAAUUGGCAUAACCGUCGCUCUGAUAGUCAUCUUCUUAAUCGCCGCUAUCGCAUUAUGUCUGGUAAGAAUCCCUCUAAUGGACAAAGUUUAG